UACAGAGCGCCAGUGGCGGACUUGCCAAUUCUGGUGUUCUUGAGCAAAUGCCAGUCGAGCUCUACGGUGCUGGGCAGUGAGCACAGGGCCCACUACAGGACGUCGGGCCCUCAGGCCAUCUUCAUGAAGUCUGUUCCUGAUUGUUUGGGUAGAGACAUUCACACCAGUGGCCCUCUGGAGGUCAUUCUGUAGGGCACGAGCAGUGCUCAGCCUGUUCCGCCUUGCACAAAGGAGCAGGUAUCGGUCCUGCUGAUGAGUUGUGGACCUUCUACGGCCCUGUCCAGCUCUCCGAGACUAACCGCCAGUCUCCUGAAAUCUCCCCCAUGUUCUGGAGAUUGUGCUGGGAGACACAUUAAACCUUCUUGCUGCAGCACAUGUGGAUGUGCCAUCCUGGAGAAGUUGGACAACCUGUGCAACUUCUGUAGGGUUAAGGAAUCGCCUCAUACUGCCAGUAGAGAGCCAAAACUAGCAUGAGUGGAAAACCAGCUGAAAACGAUCAAGAGGGAGAAACCUGAAAUGACCUCUACAUGUUAAACCAGUCCUGUUUUGAGGGUUUUGUAAUUGUUGCCACUUUAGUUCACCUGUCAUUAAGUCCAUGAACACCAAUACAGCUGAAAGUGAUCAACAAGCCCUCAGCUGCUUAAUCAGCCAGGAAAUUAUCAGACAGGUUUAAUCGAUGUCAUGCCAGGCCCACUAAAAAGUGUUCCUUUAAUUCUUGUGAGCAGUGUAAUAUUCUGCAGGACAUCUACAUCUCAGCCAGUCAGGUUGUUUUCUUGAGCACAGUUUCUCCUUCAUAACAACCCAAGCUGAUGUAGCCAGAUGAUAGAUUUAGACAAUUUUCAUGAACAAACCAUGUUUUCUGUUCUCUCCACUUGUAUUUUUGUAUUUUUCUCCACAACACUAUGAAAUAAUCGUUGUCAUUUGUUAUUCCCCUUCAUUCAUGAAGUCACACAGCUCCUCAAAAACACCCAACGUAAAUGAUUGCUGUUCAAACUCACAGUAACUAAAGCUGACCUGUUGCACAUUAGUUGCAAGUGUUUCAAAUGUCAGGUUCAUCAUGGACAGAAUAUCUCUAUCACUGUGUACUCAAACCAUUUAUGGCUUUAGUUCAGGCCCGGUGAAAGUGCACCAAUGUCGUUUUGCACUGGUGAUUCUGUAGUUUUAUAUAAACUUUUAGGGGACGGGGAUUAUGGGCAGGAGGAGGAGAGGUGGAGCUUUUUGAAGAUCUGACAUAAAUGGGGUGUGUAGCUUCACAUGCUGCAACAACAUCGCUGCUCGUGUGCAGACAGUCGCGGUUUCUGUGUCUAGAUAAACAUUGACUAAUUUUGUGCCUACUGUGGGAGAUAGGUGGCAAAUACUGGCUGUACAUUUUGAUUUGAAACGUCACUGAGCCCUGAAAUCAAAGUUCUGAUUUUGAAUUAAAUCAAAGCGAAAAUCCGGUAAUAUGCAGGAUUAUGAGGAGUCUGUGUCAUUUUUGGGGAACUGGGGUCCCUUCCAGAGGAAAAUUUUCUUUGUGCUUCUCAUCGCCUGCAUUCCUAGUGGAUACAGCACACUGGCUGUCAUCUUCCUGCUGGCCAGCCCCACCCAUCAGUGUAGCAUCCCUGCUAACAGCAACCUGAGCCAGGAGUGGAUCCAGGCCAGCAUCCCAGUACAGGUCAGCGGGAUGUCAGAGAGGAGCACCUGCAGCCGGUAUGAGCUCAACCUGGUGAAGAACCUGUCUGCUAUGGGAGCCAGCACAAACUGGAUCCAGAACCAUUCUUUGCCCGGAUUGAAUUCAGAGGUUCUGGUACCCACCCUGAAUCAGGAGGAGUGUGAGGAUGGGUGGACCUACAGUACUGAGUUUUACCAGUCGACUGUAGUCACUGAGUUUGACCUCGUGUGCAGGGAGCAGUGGAAACAGCCUCUGACUUCUCUGCUCUUCUUUCUGGGAGGCACCUGCGGAUGCUUCAUCUCUGGACAAAUCUCAGACCGGUUUGGCAGGAAGCCUGUCCUGUUCGGCUGCAUUGGCAUGCUCAGCAUCUUCACCGUUGCUGCAGCUUUUGCACAGUCCUGGCCCGUGUUUGCUUUUUGUUUUUUUAUGCUAGGCGUUGGUCAAAUCUCCGGCUAUGUGAUUGUUUUUGUUCUGGGUUCAGAGAUCUUUGUGGGUUCAACCAGAAUCAUUUUCUCCACCCUGUGGCUAAAUGCUGGUUAUGCGUUAGCUAUGAUGCUGAUGUCUGCUACUGCGUACCUGGUCAGGAGCUGGAGAUACCUGUCGCUGCUCAUGGCUGUGCCUGGCCUGGCCUGCAUCCCCCUCUGGUGGCUGAUUCCCGAGUCUCCUCGCUGGCUGGUGUCGUGUGGAUGCUUGAACAAAGCAGACCUUAUUGUCAGGUCAGCAGCUCUGGAGAACCGAGUAAAAGCUCCAUCAGUCAUUUUCACCACGACCGAAGUAAGAAUGUCUACAAAGUCCCACAGCUUCCUGGAUCUGCUGAAGACCACAAACAUUCAACACGUUACGAUGAAGCUGUGGUUCAUGUGGUUCUCUUCAUAUCUCGCUUACUUUGGACUGAUAUUCAGCAUGUCCAGUCUCUAUGGAAACCCCUAUUUGAACCACUUCCUGCUGGCGACUGUUGAGAUUCCAGCAUACUUAGUCAGCUGGCUGUUGACGCAGAACUUUCCUCGCCGUCUUUGCUUUAUCAGCUUUGUCCUGCUGGGGGCACUAGCAUUACUCUGUACCCAGAUAGUCACAGACAGUCAUCCAGCUGUCAUCAUGUUCCUGGUGCUUCUGAGUAAAUUUGGUGUCCUGACUGGCAUCGGGGUGUUGUACGUGUACUCUGGAGAGCUGUUUCCUACAGUUAUUAGGAAUACAGCUAUGUCGUCCUGUGCUAUGUUCACCAGGGUGGGAUCCUCUGUGUCCCCAUAUCUGAUGGAGUUGGUUGGGAUCUUUGAGUUCCUGCCAUCGAUCCUCAUGGGGGCUUUGUUACUUCUCAGUGUUCUUCUCUGCAUCUUCCUGCCAGAGACUUUCAGACAGCCACUGCCUGACACCAUCCAGCAGAUGCCACUCAUGCGGUGGUGGUCUCUGCCCUUCAAUUCCCCUUCGAAGGAUGAAGAAAAGUCAACCAAAGAACAGAUCAGUGUGCCUGAAGUCAUCUGCACAAGUCACUUAUGAGACCUCGGAUGCAUUCAGAAAACCAGCAAAAGAUGGCAAAACCAAAGAGAUUUUCAGAGAAUGUCAAGCAGAUAGAAGUGCCUUGCCUUUCAGAUUGGUUGAUAUUCAAUACCUGCUGUCAAAAAGCAAAAACUGCCCAUGUGUGUUCAUUUGUUGUGCUCUCUCAUGAACCACUGCACGACCUUUCAUGAAACUCUUAGUGGAUGAAUGUCUCUCAUUUCAGCUUGGCUGUGACACCUAACCAAUGUUUGCAAACCUUAUAAAAUGAGUCUAACUCGUUUAAUUUAUUUAACCUGUUAGUAGCUGAGGUGUGCUAAUGGAUUAUAUGCAAUUAUCUUAAUGACUGAAGUCAGUUCUGUCUGUUAGCAAAAUAUCUCAUGAACUUUUGAAAGUCUUUCAUAAAAUAAUCAUUAGACAUACAUGAACAAUUUUGGACAAGCUAAUGAAAGCUGUUGGAUAAUAUGCAUAUAGGAAGGCAUUUAA